CGGGAAACGUUACGGGAGCCUCAAGCGGGGCGUGGGGUCCCGGGCGAGCAAAGGCGCCCGGGCCGAGCUCCGGCCGGAUGAAGAGCCGAGCGGGUGGGCCGGUGCUCCCCAGCGCGGGCCUCAGGUCGGCCAGCCUGGCUGCCAGCGCUUCCGGAAAGACAGCCCCGGGCGCGGCCCAGCAUGCCCGGCCCUCGGCACGGAGCGCGGCCGCCGGCCCUCGGAGACGUCGGGAGGUCCGGGGAGGCGUGGCCACCAGCGGGAUGUGCUAGCACGUGACCCCGGCCCCGGCGCUCUCUCGUCGGACGCCGGUUCCCUGCACUUGCCCGCGCAGGAUGAAUGACAUGAAUUUGAGCCCAGUGGGGAUGGAGCAGCUGUCUUCAUCCUCUGUCAGCAAUGCCCUGCCAGUCUCAGGAAGUCACCUGGGUUUGGCUGCCUCUCCCUCUCACAGCACCAUCUCUGCCCCAGGUCUCCCAGUGGCAAUUCCAAACCUGGGUCCCUCCCUGAGCUCUCUGCCUUCUGCCUUGUCUCUGAUGCUCCCCAUGGGCAUUGGAGAUCGAGGGGUGAUGUGUGGGUUACCCGAAAGAAACUACACCCUACCUCCACCGCCUUACCCUCACCUAGAGAGCAGUUACUUCAGAACUAUUCUACCUGGCAUUUUAUCUUACUUGGCUGACAGACCGCCUCCUCAGUACAUCCACCCCAACUCUAUAAAUGUUGAUGGUAAUACAGCGUUGUCUAUCACCAACAGCCCUUCAGCACUAGAUCCUUAUCAGGCCAAUGGAAAUGUUGGAUUAGAAUUAGGUGUUGUUUCAAUAGACUCUCGUUCUGUGAACACACAUGGUGCCCAAAGUCUUCAUCCUAAUGAUGGCCAUGAAGUGGCAUUGGACACAACAAUCACUAUGGAGAAUGUUUCUAGGGUUACCAGCCCAAUCUCUACAGAUGGAAUGGCAGAGGAGCUUACAAUGGAUGGUGUUGCAGGAGACCAUUCGCAAAUCCCCAAUGGCUCCAGAAGUCAUGAACCUCUCUCAGUGGAUUCUGUGGGCAACAACCUGACAGCAGAUACUGUAGGACAUGGUGGUGUGAUGCCCAUUCAUGGGAGUGGUCUAGAGCUUCCUGUGGUCAUGGAGACAGACCACAUUGCAAAUCGGGUCAAUGGGAUGUCUGACAGCGCCCUCAGUGACUCCAUCCACACUGUGGCCAUGAGCACCAACUCUGUAAGCGUGGCACUCUCUACCUCACACAACCUCGCCUCUCUAGAAUCUGUUUCCCUCCAUGAAGUUGGCCUUAGCCUAGAGCCUGUGGCUGUUUCUUCCAUCACGCAGGAGGUUGCUAUGGGGACAGGUCAUGUAGAUGUAUCCUCAGACAGCUUGGCUUUUGUACCACCUUCACUGCAAAUGGAAGACUCCAAUUCAAACAAGGAAAAUAUGGCAACCUUGUUUACAAUUUGGUGCACUCUCUGUGACCGAGCCUAUCCCUCAGACUGCCCUGAUCAUGGCCCAGUGACUUUUGUUCCUGAUGCACCAAUAGAGAGCAGAGCAAGGCUGUCCCUCCCAAAGCAACUUGUUCUCCGUCCAUCCAUUGUGGGGACAGAAGUCGGUGUAUGGACUGCAGAAACCAUUCCUGUGCGGACUUGCUUUGGGCCUCUAAUUGGUCAGCAGAGUCACUCCAUGGAAGUAGCAGAGUGGACAGACAAGGCAGUUAACCACAUCUGGAAGAUCUAUCACAGUGGUGUCCUAGAAUUCUGCAUCAUUACAACUGAUGAAAAUGAGUGUAACUGGAUGAUGUUUGUGCGCAAAGCCAGGAACCGUGAAGAACAAAAUUUGGUGGCUUAUCCCCAUGAUGGAAAAAUCUAUUUCUGUACCUCACAAGACAUCCCCCCUGAAAAUGAACUGCUAUUCUAUUAUAGCCGGGAUUAUGCUCAACAAAUUGGUGUUCCUGAACACCCAGAUGUGCACCUCUGUAACUGUGGCAAGGAGUGCAAUUCCUAUUCUGAGUUCAAAGCUCAUCUGACCAGCCACAUCCAUAGCCAUAUCCCUGGCCAGGGCCACAGCAGCAGCCACGGGCCGAGCCACAGCAAGGAAAGGAAGUGGAAGUGUUCCAUGUGCCCCCAGGCUUUUAUCUCUCCUUCCAAACUCCACGUUCACUUUAUGGGUCAUAUGGGCAUGAAGCCCCACAAGUGUGAUUUUUGUAGCAAGGCUUUUAGUGAUCCAAGCAACCUGCGGACACACCUCAAAAUACAUACAGGUCAGAAGAAUUACAGGUGUACUUUGUGUGACAAGUCUUUCACCCAGAAAGCCCACCUCGAGUCCCACAUGGUCAUCCACACGGGUGAGAAGAAUCUCAAGUGUGAUUACUGUGACAAGCUGUUUAUGCGGAGGCAGGACCUCAAGCAGCAUGUGCUCAUCCACACACAGGAACGCCAGAUCAAGUGUCCGAAGUGUGAUAAACUGUUCUUGAGAACAAACCACUUGAAGAAGCAUCUUAAUUCUCACGAAGGAAAACGAGAUUAUGUCUGUGAGAAAUGUACGAAGGCUUAUCUAACCAAGUACCAUCUCACUCGGCACCUGAAGACCUGCAAAGGGCCCGCCUCCAGUUCCUCGGCACAGGAGGAGGAGGACGACUCUGAAGAAGAUGAUCUUACAGACUCUGUGAGAACAGACAACUGUAGGAUGGGCAGUGCCAUUUACUCAGCAGACGAGCCUCUUCCCACACAUAAAUAGAAGGAAAACUGCUCGGAUGGACCAUGCAUCGGGAAAUCACAGAACCAACGCACUGCAGUGGUUUCUAAUGUGGAGUGCUUUCUGAUCCUUCCAACUCACUGACUGAGUGGGAUAGCUAAGGCAGUUAGUGAGGAAUAUCCAGAUGGAUUCUUUAGGGUGGACUGGAGACAAGGCACGUGUCUGCCCCAUUUUUAUGCAAUGUGUGGCAAGGAAAGGGUCAGCUUUUGGUAUCUGUUCUUUAUUUGCUUAGUAAUUUGGGAGAUGCAUUUAUGCCUGAAUCAGCGUGGCCUUUUGUUCUUACCAAUUAACUUAUCUCAUUGUUCCAUUCUUUUUUCCUCCAGUCAACAUGAUUUGACCCCAGCCAUCCCCACUGUUGACCACAUAUUAUGUACUAUUGUAAGGUGUACAUCUCACAGCAAGAAUUGCAGCACAGCAGAUCGAGCCACUUGCGAGUUUAGAUCCUGCUUCUCCAUCUCAGCAGGUGUUAAGGGAGCAGCAGUCAUGGGUCAGACUACAGUGGCUGGUAGAGGAAAAAGCCCAGAAAACCACCUCCAAUGGAAGCCAAGGUUAGCCACCUGGUUAUGUGUACAUGCACGCCAUUAUGGUUUGGCCAUGUCUCCGCUUCAGGAAAGCCUUCUGUUAUUCAGAGAGUACCUAGAAUUAAGUAUCCAAAUAAUGUCUGCUGAGUAGUCUCCUGUCAUGGACUCACCUGACAAGACUACAGGAGGAAGAAGGGGAAUAAUCUUUUAUGUAGGUUUACUUUAUGAAAACCAUUAAAAUGUUGCUGACUGCAAGCAACAUGUAGUUCCAAAUGCAUUGAUGGGUUUCAGUUAGGCCUUCCCAGUUUUCUUCCUUGCUAAAGGUCCUCACCAGCUAAGCGUAGAGGAUACCAAAGGAUUUGGAAGAUAGAAAAGUCACCAUGUGGGUCUGUUUUCAGGUCCCUGUGAGCAGGCAUAGCACUUUUGGCAAGAAGCAGAAACAUCCUGAAGGUGACAGGGUUGAUGGAACAACCUUGAGUAGAGGAAGGACUCUGCUGGGAAGGUUUUGCUGCUAAAGUAUUUAUGGGAUGAAUGUAUUUCAUUCAAAUCUGUAUUUCUUUAGGAAGAAUUAAAAUCAAAAAUUUUUAAUGAAAAUAAGGCAUUUCUCAUAAUCUUUUGUAGAGGAUGGACUCAAAGGUUAAAAGAGAAGAAAGCUUUUAGCUCUGAGAUCGUAUUCUAAUUGUUCCUGUGUAACGGUGCUUAGACAGACUCAACUUCUGGGAUUUCUAGGAAGGUCUACAGCCGAAGGCAAGUGCUGUGUGUGGCUCGGAGUGAGUGCUAACACCAAGGCAUGAAGCCUUAAUAGUGUUCAAAGUAAUUUCUUCCUUUUCUCAGGAGCAUGCACUUGAUUAAAUUCCUUAUUGCCCUGCACAGAGAUGCUCUUCAAUCUAGAGCUGUUCAAGCUAAACACCAAAACAACCCAAGGCAGGAGGAAGGGCAGAAGAUUUCUGCUGAGGAUGUAUGGUGGUGUUUCUACCUUUGCCCUCUUGGGUUUAAGUGGGACUAACACUUCUCUGCCUAGUUGCAGGAGGUCUUGUCCACGAUUGGGUCAGUGGCCACAUCAACAGGAUAUGGUAAGUGUGGGCUCUGGAUCCAGAGUCUCUGGGAUUUAUUGGGGGAUGAUAGCUUCGUGUUUCAAAUAAAAAUAUUAAACAGAAAAGAAACCAUAUAAAGAAAGAGCCAGCAGUUUGAGGCAUUGUAGGAAGAAUGAGAACAAAUUCAUUAGCAUACAGUUAAGGCCUGUUUAUGCAUAGUAUUUUACAGAACCUCCAACAUCUGGUUUCAUAUUCAGGUUUCCUAAGGGCUGUGAAGCCUCAGGUGAUUCUGAAGCACUGUGUCGUUGUGUAGGAGUCCUGCAUUAUGAUCGUUAUAAAAUGGUUUUGCACAGGGUAUAAUUUACACAAACCUAGAUGGCAUAGACUUUGAGGUGGGAAGCUGUGUAGAAUGGCUGGAUGGUUUACAGUAACAAGUUACCAAGUAUUGCAUACGAUGUUACAUCGGGUUGGUUUAUACUAGCAUCCCACAAAACUGAGCAAUACUUUCUGCUAGAAUGUCAGGAUAGCCAGCUACAUUAUAACUUGCCCAUCAGAGAUUUUCCAACCCCAUUAUAGUCUAAGAGCAUUGUUGACUGCAUACUGUUUUGUUGCAUGCUACCACAGAUGUGUUAAAGUCUAGGAGCAGGAAUGAUAAGGUCCUAUCAGAAGAGAUAAGGAGUAAAGUGCUUGGUAAGCCUGACUUAGUAAAGGCAAAUCUGGAAAAUCGAGUCAUGUGUGAAUUACAGGACAGUAUCUCGAACCAAAGCAAUUAACUAGCAAGGGGAAGUAUAUUACACCCUACUACGUGUUAAUUUUUUCUUCACAGUUACAGC